AUGUCUACUAAUAACAAAAAAUCUAAACUCCAUAAGAGAACAUGGGAGGAGAAUGACAAAAAGGACAAUAAAAAGGCCUAGGAAAGUCAAGAAGAAGAGGAUGAUGAAUAGAUAGAAGAUGUUGAUGAAAAUGAAGAUGAUGAUUAAGAAGAAGAUUAAUAAGUCUCCAAUAAAAAAUCAAAAGCAAAUAAAAAAAAUGAAAAAGCAGAAGAAGGCAAUCAAGAAGAAGAUGAUUGGGAAGAUGAAGAGGAUGAAGAAGACGAUGAAGAUGACGAUGACCUAGAUAGUGAAGACUUGAUAGAUAUUACUAAAAAAAAAAAUGAAUUAGAAGAUGAAGAGGAAGAUGAAGAUGAUGAUGAUGAAGAAGGAGAAGAAGGCGAAGAAGAUGAAGUACUUAAUGUUGAUUUUGAAUUCAAAGAUGCAAAUGAAACUAUGUUCCAUUCUGUGAAAGGUUUAAUAAAUGGUUAUUUAGAUGGUUCUGAUUACAAUUCAAGUGAUUUAGCAGAUAUUAUUGUUAAAUAGUUUACUUUAGGAACUUUCAUUGUGAUAGAUGAAGAGGAAGAUGAAAACCAAAAAAAAAUUAGAGAAAAAGCCAAAUUAGAAAGAGAGACUAAUGUCAUCGGAUUUUCUACAUUUAUAAGUGCUAAAUAACAUGAAAAUUAAAGCGUUGUAAAAGAAAUUAUCAAAUUUGUUAAUCAAAAAAGUGAAAAGUUCAAUAAUGAAGCUGACCAUAAAAAACUCUAAAAUAUCUUAGCCAAAAAUAAAGUUGGUUUACUUAUAAAUGAAAGAAUUAUUAAUGUAGCUCCUUAAGCAGUUCCCGUUCUCCAUACAUAGCUCUAGGAAGACUACAAAUGGUUCAAACAAAACCAUUAAAAAGAAUUUAAAGAAAAUUUUGAUUUUGAGUAUUUGUUGUGUAUCACCCGUUGUGCAAAAGAAGUUAAAGGAACUUAAGACCCAUAAUAAGGCCAAAAAAAGCUCAAAAAGGAAGAAUUAGAUGAGUAUUUGUAUCCUAAAUUUGAAGAUUUUCUACUUUUGGAAAAAGCUGAAAUUAAAUUUUUCUUUGAAGCUGCUCAAUCCAAAUCCUAAUCUGGUUUAAGCAAGAAAAAUAUGGACGAAAUAAAGAGCAAAGAGUUAAAUUACAAGAUUAUUUAUUUAAUAAAAAUAUCAGACUACUUUAAAUCAAUUCCAGAAAUGCCUUUGCAUUUAUGUGAUUGA